AUGUACAAGCUAGCAUUCAUCCUCUGCAUAUUUCUAGUGGUAGUAGUUCCAAACUGCGAAGCGGUCUUCACGUGGUUCGAUUGCUGGUGGCCCGUCAGUUGGCCGGACUCGCCGACGUGCACGGCGAAAUUGAAAAGAUGGCGUUGGGACGUCAUCGCCAACGAUUGCAUCCAAGUCAACUAUAACGGCUGCAAUCCGACCAACAACAAUUUCGAAACCCAAAAGGAAUGCUUGGUAGCAGCUUCAAGCGUCUGCAAAUUCGUAUUUCCCUUCAGUUUCCCAUAA